UAAUUCAAAUAACUUAAUUUUCUAGUUCAAAUCAAUUUAUGUCAAGUUCGAAAACUUGAUAUCUUUCAUCAUGGUAGAUGAGGGAACAAGAAAGACUUUAAGCAGCAUUCCACUGCUUCAAACAAAGGCAGGUCCCAGGGAUAAGGAACUGUGGGUCCAAAGACUAAAAGAAGAAUAUACUUCUUUGAUCAAGUAUGUAUCAAAUAACAAGGGUUCUGAUAAUGAUUGGUUCAGGUUGGAAUCAAAUAAGGAAGGUACCAAAUGGUUUGGAAAAUGCUGGUACAUUCAUGAAUUAUUGAAGUAUGAGUUUGAUGUUGAAUUUGAGAUUCCCAUCACAUAUCCAUCCACAGCACCUGAAAUUGCAUUACCUGAACUUGAUGGCAAAACUGCAAAAAUGUACAGGGGAGGCAAAAUCUGUUUGAGUGAUCACUUCAAACCAUUAUGGGCUAGAAAUGUUCCCAAAUUUGGAAUUGGUCAUGCAAUGGCUUUGGGGCUGGGUCCAUGGUUAGCUGUUGAAAUACCAGAUUUAAUAUCUAAAGGCGUUAUUCACUACAAAGAAAAAACUGUGCCUGAUGCUUAAAUAAUACUGAUUUAAUUAAUUUUAUUGAAAUAUAAUUUCGUUGGAAAUAGCACCAUCAGAAAAAGUAAUAAUGCUGUAAGUCAAUAUCCACUUUUUCUUUAAAAUGAUAAUUAAUUUAUUGAAUUCAUAUGACAUGGCAGUGUGUUAUGAACCAUCACUUGUUAUGUACCAAUUCAGUUUAAUUACUUUUUUUUUGUAAUUAUUUUUAUAUUAUAAUAAAAACGCAACAUUAGAAUUA